AUGAUCGUCUGCUAUAACGCAAUCAAGUACACCGGACUCUUGUCCAAUUUUCUCUAUAUGCUGCUGGCCGUGGGCGUCAUGUCCGCUGCGGGCUUGGGACUGCAAAUGGCGCAGCCCAAUACACCAGAGCAUACGUAUUUCGAAGAGAGUCUGGUGCUGGGUGGCACCAUCUGCAUCAUAGUUAUCUUUGGCUGCUACGGACUCGUCUGCAAUCUGCUGAGCGUUAACAUAAUCUUCACUUGCUUCAUAUUGAUUCUGCUGGGCGUGGAGUAUCUGCAGGUGCACAACUAUCAGCCGCAUGGUCGCUACAGCGUAGCCUGGCAGCAGCUGGCGCUGGCGCGUGCUUGGCAUGAGCUGCCCACCAAGCCGGAGUUGAUGCAGCAAUGGGAGCAGCAGCAAGGCUGCUGUGGCUACAACGGCCCCGACGACUACAAGCAGCUGCAGCGGCCCAUACCCGCCAGCUGUUAUCAGCAGCAACAGCCACAACAGUUGAAUGCCAGCCAGAUAUUCACACAAGGUUGUCGACACAGUCAGCAUGAGAGUCUUCACAUUAGACGGCGCGAUAAGCUCUUUAUGUGGUGCAUUGUAGGCCUUGAGCUGUUCAUCUUGCUGCAGACCAUAGCGCUGAGUGUGCUGCUCUUUAAGCUGCGCCAGCGUCGACGUCAGGCCUAUCAACAAAUACCCGCAGGUGUGCGACGCGAGCCGAGUUGGAAUCAUGUGGGGUCAAGAGCACAGCUUUUGGAGAAUGCUUGAAUACUAUUUAGUUAACUUUAUUGCAAAUGCUUUGUAGUCGCUUAUAUAUAUGAUUUACUUAAUAGUUAUAACGAC